AGAAUGAACAAAAUAUUGGCAUAGAAGCAUUGCCACGUUCUGAGUAAAACCAUCUCUUCUCCAUCAACUCCCCUCGUCACAUCUCAACCAUGUCCACCGCACCACGCAGCCCGCCCUUCCGAGCAGAGCAUAUCGGCUCCCUCCUGCGGCCCGAUCAUCUCGUGCAGCAUCGCUACGCAGUCGCCGAUGGAUCGAAAAGUGCAGACUCCCUGGUGCCGGUUGAGCAGGAGUCUAUCAAGGAGAUUGUGAAGCUACAGCAGGAAUGCGGGAUUCACAGUCUCACGAAUGGCGAACAUUCGAGGCACCAGUUCUGGGGCACUUUUAUGGAGACGUUGAACGGCAUGGAAGAGAUCAAUCUGCGAGAUUCGGGGUAUGACCAGAGCAUUUUCCGACAGUAUGCGCCAGACGUCAAAUCCUUCAUGCACGCCAAAACAAUUCCCAACGCCGUGACCGUCGCAACCGGCAAAAUCUCCCACACAGGCGUCUCCACUUUCCUCCCGGAGCUGAAAUAUAUGCAAUCCAUCCUGCCCCGCGACCAGUGGCCUAACAUCAAACUCACUCUCACCAGUCCGUCGUGGUACCAUUUCCGCUACGCCCCCGGGCGCGCCUACACCGAAGGCGUGUACGCCAAUGACGACGAGUACUUCGCCGACCUGGCGAAAGCGUACCAAACAGAACUCAAAAUCCUGUACGACGCGGGCCUGCGCAACGGGCAAGUCGACGACCCGAACCUGGCGUACUUUUGCAGCGAAGCGAUGUUAGAGGGCUGGAAAGCCGAUCCCCAGAACCACCAGACGGCCGACGAGCAGUUCGAUGCGUACAUGCGCUUCUACAACGCCUGCUUCCAGCGGCCGGCGGACUUCCAUUUGGGCAUUCACCUGUGUCGCGGGAAUUACCUGGGCUCGAAGCAUUUUAGCGAGGGGGCGUAUGAUCGGAUUGCCACGAAGCUGUUUAACGAUUUGAACGUUUCGACGUACUAUUUGGAGUAUGACACGCCGCGCGCGGGGGGGUUUGAGCCGUUGAAGCACUUGCCCAAGGAGAAGAAUGUGGUGCUGGGCGUGGUGACGUCCAAGUUCCCGGAGUUGGAGGAUCAGCGGGAGAUGGUGGAGCGAGUGUACAAGGCGGCGGAUUAUGUGGCGGAGGGCGAUGGGUCGAGUCGGGAAGAGGCGUUGCAGAGGCUGUGUGUGAGUCCGCAGUGUGGGUUUGCGUCGCAUGCGGAGGGGAAUGCGUUGCAGAGGAAGGAUAUGAGGAACAAGUUGAAGUUGGUGAGGGCGAUUGCGGAUGAGGUGUGGCCGGGCCAGCCGUGAGAGGUGCGCGGAUACAAAAGUACUUUGAUUGUCCAACAGGUAUUGUACAUGGAGGCAACAAGUAACC